AUGCAAGCAGACGAACGGCGUUUUGCGAUCAUUCUCGGCGCUGGUGCGGCUGGCAUAAUACAAGGAUACGCAUUUCUGCGCGAAGAUGUCCUUCCACUUGAAGAAUUUCACAUUUUGGACAGGAAUGAGUCGUUUGGUGGAGUGUGGUGGAGCAAUACAUAUCCGGGGGCUGCAUGCGACAUUCCCAGUAAUGAGUAUUGCAUCACAGAGAUCCAACAAUAUUUCGAAGGGUUUGCGCUGAAAUACCAGCUCGACAAGUCAACGACUUUCAACACAGAGAUUGUCAGUGCCACAUGGGACGACUCACGCCUAUUGUGGUUUGUUCAAACUCAAGACUCUAAGAGCAGUUCUCAGAAAAUAUGGUGCUAUAAUGUGCUUGUCAGUGCUGCGGGAGCAUUUGGCAUGCCUAAGAAGGCCGAUAUCGCAGGACUCAAAACAUUCAAAGGCGAACAAUGGCAUCUUGGAAGUUGGCCAAAAGACGAUGAUUUAAAAAACAAAUCUGUAGCAGUCAUUGGAACCGGGCAAUCCGCCGGACAAGCCAUUCCGAGUAUUUAUCCUGAGGUGAAGCAGUUGACGGUGUACCAGCGAAGUCCAGGACAUUGUCUGCCUCGUAACGAUGUUUCCAUAAGCGGGUCCAGGAACUACCGAUGGUUUGGUAUGGCACAGUUUGGUUUCGUGGCCAAGCGCAUAUUCCACAUCGGAUCGUGGUGGCAGAAGUUUGUCGUCGGCAUGGCCAAAAAUCAUCUGUACAAUCAGAUUAGCGAUGACAAUUUGCGACGCAAGCUGGAAUCGAAGAGUCACUUCGGAUGCAAACGUCCAUUGAAGCUUGACACCUGGUACCCUAUCUUCACCAAUAACAAUGUUGAUCUUGUGACGGAUCCUGUGACGGGACUGACGGAAGAUGGCAUUCUUUCUAGAGAAGCAGAAGGAGGGCGUGAAAUAGAGCGGAAAAUGGAUGUGUUGAUUUGGGACACUGGAUACAACUCAAACAAAUUCGGCACCCCUGUCCCGACUAGAGCCUAUUCCAUCCAAAAGUAA